AAUUCCCAGGACCAGGCAAGUGCUGAAGUGCCCGGUGCACACCACACUCAUUUGGCCGGACUCACAGACACGUGUCGGCCUGCGAUGCUUCCUCAAGCCCAACCCCAAGCUUGCGCCUCGCCCCCCGCCCACGACAGCAUUCGCGGCGCCAGUGGCAGUGCAGCGGCGGCGCCCUCCAGCAGCCAGGCCCCGACGCUGCCCGAGCUGCGUGUGCUGCUAGGCGCGGAGGAGGAGCUGCCCGCAGCCCAUGCCGUCAUCCAGUUUGCACGGGGCGGGUGGAGCUGGGCAGCAUGACCGAUUGACCGCAAUGAAGCGCUGCAGAUGCGGCAGCAAGUAACUUACCUGCGUAUACUAAUGACUGUGUUCGUUCACGCGUGCUUGGCUGCGCUGUCCGAGAGGCUGGUCGGCAUAGGCAGCAGCAGUAGCAGCGGCGGCGCCGGCAGUAGCAGCGGUGCCAGACCUCCCGUACGCGAGCUGUAUGUCUGCGCCCAGCCACCUGUGGCCGGAUAGAUCCCGGCUGCGACGCGGGCUUUGCGGUGCUGCUGGCGGUUGCCAACCGGCGGAUAGCAGUGUGGAGAGACGCUGCUUCACGUCUGCGAUACGGUACGGAUGUAACGGAUGUCGUGCUGUGAGUAUCAAGGGCCUGCACAGUAGGCGCGAGGUACGUUUUCUGGCCUGACUUACACAUGACAAGCCACGUGAAGGUUCGGAUGACUAACCAGGCAGCAGGUCUCAGACGUACUUACCGUAGGCUUGUUAUCAAGGGUGCCCUCACUGGGGUGCCCUGGUUGUGGGUGCGGCGAUCCUGUGCGCCGCGCCGUGAAACGUACACUGCAUUUGUCCAGCUCGACAAGCACGUAAGCCCGGGAGCUCAAAAGCUAUCACUGCAGACCUCUUGCUGGCUGUGCCGGCUUGCAUUGUCUUAGGCCGCACAACAGGAAGCAGUAGGGUAGGCCACUGCAAGGCUUGGAAGGCUUGACAGGUAAGAUAGA